CUUCGUACUUUGUUGUAAACGGACGUGCCGAAGAAUUAUAAAAUUAAUAAAUAAAAACUCGCUGAAUCGUGACCUAGAUUACCUACUGACCGAAUAAGUCUGUCUAACGUGGACAUAUUUUUUCUUUCUAAUUAUUGAAAUAAAAUGUGAUAAGUGUUACAAGACAAUAACUGUGUCACAAUGGCGAGCAGCCCCUUCAGCCGGGGGGACCGAUGUGCUCGGAGUCCACCUCCUACACCCGUGCCCACAGAUACACCUAAACCUGAGCCCGCACACGCAUCUCACCCUCAGACGCCCACCCAAAGAAACGAGCUGGAAGUGAUCUCAACGCCAGAAAUACAAAACUGGAUGAAGACCAUUGACCAGUAUUUAGGCGAAGUGUGUGUUAUUGCAUCAGAGAGCAAAUUGAACUCGGAGCAAAAAAUGCGCAUAAGUGCUUUAUGUCGAAAAAUUGGUCACGGCACAUCUCAGAUGGCUGUCCAGUAUCAGUCCGUCAAGAUGAAAGCAGUUUUAGCCAAUUCUACAGUUCAAAGACUUGAAGACCAAAUUAAUAUAUCGCAGCAACUACAAGAACUUAAGACGACAAUUGGAGCCUCUAUUAAGCCGAACACGGGAUCUUCCUUUGCUGAUAUGGUUAAAAAAGGUACCAACAAAUUUAUUCAGCCCUUAAAUUUGAGCUCAGUGGCCAUAUAUCCCAAAAAUAAGCAGACAUCCAGUGACGAGACAAAGUCGCUUGUACAAAAAAUUAUCUGCCCAGAACAGAUGAAACUACAAGUAAGAGGACUGCGCAAGACUAGGAAUGGUGGUGUUAUCAUCAGCACUGAAUCCAAAGACGACAUUGAAAAGGUGAAGAAAUCGAUGCAGACAACAAAUUCAGGCCUUACAGUCGACGAACCUCAGAAAAGGAAACCUAGAGUCGUAAUUAUUGGAGUGCCCUCAUCCAUGCAAGAGAUGGAAGUUUUUACUUGUUUGUACAAUCAAAACCUAGCCGAAAAACUUCAAGAAUGCAGCCUCGAGACGUUUUUGUCCUCCAUUAAGCUAAGCCACAAGUCAGGUAAGAAGGACGCUGACACCUGUAACUUUAUAAUUGAAGUAUCUGCACAGAUACGUAAAGCCCUAAUAUGCAAAGACAGAGUAUUUGUUAAUUGGUCUUCCUGCCCUGUAAGAGACUUUACCCUAGUCACACGUUGUUAUAAAUGUCAGCAGUACGGACAUGCGGCUAAAUCAUGUCGAGAGACCACCUACACGUGUGGCCACUGUGGUGAAUUGGGUCAUUCCAUCAAAGAAUGCCCUAAGAAAGCAGAAGAACCAAAAUGCGCUACUUGCUUGCAUUUCAAAAAGCCAAGUACUCAUAAUACAGGUGCAGCGGACUGUCCGGCGAAAAUAAUGGCAGAAAAUAGGUACAUAAACUCUAUUGAUUAUGGAGGCGCCUAGGAGCGCCGUAAAUUACGAUUCUUCUUGGCCUUAGUUUUAAUUAAUAUGAUUAAUAAUCUUAUUAGUGACGUAGAUAAUUUCUCUGUAUCUCAAUCGCAAGUUUGUGACGUUGAGGACUGCAAACAAUAUCUCUCCUCUUACACUAGCCCAUUAACCAUAUUAACCCAAAAUAUUCGCAGUGUCUUUAAGAAUUUUGAUAACUUUAGCAUUUUUCUAAAACGUCUAGACAUAAAUUGUGACAUUAUUGUCCUAACGGAAUGUUGGCUUGCUAAACAAUAUAAUAUACCACAAAUUCCGGGAUAUUGUAUGUAUAAGAGUAACUCAACUUCCAAUCAGAAUGACGGGGUGAUAGUUUAUGCAAGAGAACAUCUAAAUGCGUCUGUCGUGGAACCAAACAUGGACGACUGCAGCAGAUUGUUAGUUAAAAUCGGAGCCGAGUUUGCGAUACUGGCUGUGUAUAGAUCACCCUCUUUUACGAAUGUAAACAAUUUCACUAACUCUCUGAACGACACCUUGCAAAACCUAUCAACUUUCAAAAAUAUAAUUUUAACUGGAGAUAUUAAUAUCAAUAUUCUUCCUGGAAGUGCGGACGCUGCGGCUGAGGAAUAUCUGAACCUAUGCGCGUUCCAUGGUUUGCUUUCCGCCCACAUGCUUCCUACACACCAAAGUGGCUCCUGCUUGGAUCAUAUAAUGCUCAAGACUAAUUCCCCUGCACUAACCCUUGUAACUAACUCAACAAUAACUGACCAUAGUGCUACAUUACUAAUUCUUAAUUGUAAAUUACCUAAGAUGGUCUCUCGCACAGUCUCUAAAUUGAAUUUACAUAAACUUGAAGAAGACUUACGCAAUAUUGAUUUUGACCCAGUUUAUAAAUCCGCUGAUCCGCAGUAUUGUAUGUUGUACGUAAUUGAAAAAGUGCAACAUGCAAUUCAAAAGAACACAGUCAUAUCUAGGUUAAAUAACAAAAACUGCAACAUAAAACCAUGGAUCACGGCUGGUCUCAUACGAUGUAUGAAAAAUAGAGAUAAACUGCAUAUGAAAGCUAAAGCUAAUCCGAAUAAUUUAAUAUUGCAAGUGUCAUAUAAGCGAUAUCGUAACUUUUGUAACGACCUCCUAAAAAAAGUAAAACGCAAUUACGAUAACACUGCACUUAAAGAGGCUGGUGCAGAUAGCAAAAAGAUCUGGAAAAUUAUUAAAAAUGUGACGUAUAAUGCAAAACAGAAUCAGUCUUCUUCAGGUUUAUUACAAGCACAUUCAUCACAGUUGGCAUCUGCGAACAUAGCAAAUAAUUUCUUUGUUAACGUGGGCAAGUGUUUAGCUGACAAAAUUCGGACACAAUCGCAGUACCUAACAAGCUCAUUGUUUGCAUCUAACACUACUUUAUCAUCCUUUGUGUUACUAGAUACUGACGAAGCGGAAGUCGAAAGGAUUAUUACGGGUCUAAAAGCCGACUGUGCAGUUGGUUGGGAUAACAUACCUAAUAAAAUUAUUAAGCAAUUCAAAGAUCUGUUAGUACCGCCGUUAACUUGCAUUUUUAAUAAAUGUUUAAAUACAGGUGUGUUCCCCAAGUGCUUAAAAAAGCUGUUGUUGUCCCAAUUUACAAAUCAGGGAGUAAAGACCAAGUGACGAAUUAUAGGCCUAUUUCCUUACUGCCUUCUAUGUCUAAAAUAUUGGAAAAGAUUAUAAACAAUAGGCUUUAUAAAUAUUUGGAGGAUAAAUCUAUUCUAUCUAAGCGGCAGUUUGGAUUUAGACCUAAAAUGUCUACAGAUAAUGCCGUACACCAUCUAACCGCCUAUCUAGCUCAGGAACUUGAUAAUGGUAACCACACAGUAGGAAUUUUCCUGGACCUCGCCAAAGCUUUUGACACAGUUUCUAUUCCCAUUUUAUUGCGCAAGCUUGAAGCCAUAGGCAUCAGGGAAACUCAGCUGAAACUAUUUAAGAGCUAUCUAGAAGAACGUACGCAAUGUGUAAAGAUUGGGAAUAUUAUUAGCGAUGAUGAAGAAAGCACAGCUUUCGGAA